AUGUGGCGACUUAUUGUUCCAAUCGCGUUUUUCUGUACCGGAUUCAGCUUCGACAUUGAAGAUAUAUCGCAGACGAUCUGUAAAAAUGCCACUGCUGGCGAUGUUGUCCCGAAUCCACAAGAUUGCAGUUCAUAUUUCAUCUGUGACAAAGUUCCAUUGAUAAGCUUCUGCGAUGUUGGACUACAUUUUGAUGCCAAAUAUAAAGUCUGCAACUGGCCUGCCUUGGCGAAAUGUCAAGUAACUCAGACUAAUAUCGUCCAGAAUAGCGACCCUCAAGUUCAGCAUAAGCAGGCCUCUGUCGUAAGAAUGACAAAAAAUUCAACUGAUUCAAAAGCUGAGCUUAAACCGGAUGAUGAGAAGAUUUUCCUAGAACACCCAUCUACGCGACCUCAGCUCGCCUUUAUCGCUUUAGACGUGCAUACUCAUAGUCCCAUCGAUCCAUUGGCCUACUAUGAUCCGGAAAAUGUCACAUGCCAUCACUAUGGCAUCUAUUUUCUGCCGCAUCCCACCGACUGCAGCACCUAUUACGUGUGUGCCUUCGGUCACAUGUUAGAGCACAAAUGUGGCCGCGCCACAGGCUGGAACUACAAGCGCCAAGUGUGCGAUAUUCGCCCGUUUGCCGAAUGCUUUAAUGGCACUACUUUCCCGAAGAGCACUACACAAAUAUUGGGGGAUGCUGCGACAACUAAAGAUUUAUUAGAUGGCCAAUCGACCGCCUUGCCGCCAGAUAAUGGCGUGUACACAGUAUGCUACAUUUUAAAUAACGGUAUUGCCGGACCGCUAACAUGGAUGCCACAGCCAACAACAGACAUAACUCCAAGUGUGACAUACAAUGAUCAGCAGUUCACUCCUGCUGCAGCUUCAUCCACGGGAAGGGUAAAAACCGAAGUGAAUGAAGUACCUGAUUGUCCCAAGGACGUGGAUGCGUAUUUUCCACACGUGGAGGAUUGCAGCAAAUAUUAUAUAUGUAUAAUCGGUAUGCCAGUGCUAACAUCCUGUCCGGAGGGUUUGUAUUGGGAUCAAAAGGCGGAGGUUUGCGAUUUAUCUAAAAAAGUGUACUGUCCGCAGCAGAAAUCCAAGAUUAAUAUUUUUUAACUGACUUAAGUGCCUGUGAAAUUUUUGA